CUGUCCCCGGGACUCCGGGGCAUUCGCUGCGCGUGGAAGUUGUGCGACUUUACGGAGUCCCUGGCGCUCGUGUAAACUCCCGGAUACUCGGGACCAGCGCGGGAUUCAGGAACUGUGGGACAAUAAGUUUUAUUGGCGAGUCCCGGGGUGACUAUGGGGCCGCACACACGGCUGUGCCUGACCCUCCUGUCCCUGUGCGCACUGAGGGCUGCUCGGGCGGACUCGGACUUCUCUAUCCUGGAUGAGGCGCAGGUCCUGGCUGAUCAUAUGAAGAAACUUGUCACCGAGGAGCUGGGGCUGAUCACCAUGCAGAGCAUAUUUGACAAAUCUUUUUAUACGGAGAAGAUUUCAAAUGGAGAAAGUGAAGUUCAGCAAUUGGCCAAAAAGAUACGAGAGAAGUUUAACCGUUACCUGGACGUGGUGACACGGAACAAGCAGGUGGUUGAAGCUUCAUACACGGCUCAUCUUACAUCCCCUUUAACUGCUAUCCAGGACUGUUGUACCAUCCCACCAUCCAUGAUGGAAUUUGAUGGAAAUUUCAACACAAAUGUUUCUAAAACAAUUAGCUGUGACAGACUCUCCACCACUGUCAAUAGCAGAGCAUUCAAUCCGGGAAGGGAUUUAAACUCAGUGCUGGCUGACAACCUGAAAUCCAACCCAGGAAUUAAAUGGCAAUACUUUAGCUCAGAAGAAGGAAUCUUUACGGUUUUCCCUGCUCACAAGUUCCGUUGCAAGAACACCUACGAACACCGCAGCAGGCCUGUGUAUGUAUCCACUGUUCGACCACAGUCAAAGCAUAUUGUCGUUAUUAUUGACCAUGGUGCCGCAAUCACAGAGACGCAGCUCCAAAUUGCCAAAGAUGCUUCUCAAGUUAUUUUAAACUCGAUUGAUGAGCAUGACAAGAUCUCCAUCUUGACUGUGGCUGAUGUUGUGAGGACGUGCUCGCUAGAUCAGUGCUACAAGACGUUCCUGUCUCCAGCCACAAGCGAGACAAAGCGGGAGAUGGCCAGUUUUGUUGCUGGCAUAAAGUCGUCAGACAGCCCUACCCAGCAUGCUCUUGGUUUUCAGAAAGCUUUUCAGCUCAUCAGAGGCACUAAUAACAGCACACGGAUCCAGUCGAAUACAGACGUGGUGAUUAUCUACUUGUCAGCUGGAAUUACCUCUAGGGACUCCUCUGAAGAGGAUAAAAAAGCUACAUUGAGUGUAAUAAAUGAAGAAAACAACCUGCUUAACAAUUCAGUGAUGAUUAUAACAUAUGCCAUCAUGAACGAGGGAGUGACCGGUUUGAAAGAACUAGCGUUUCUCAGGGACCUUGCGGAGCAGAACUCUGCCAAAUACGGUGUUCCGGAUCGGUCUGGCCUUCCAGUUACAAAGGGCAGUAUGAUGGUUCUAAAUCAGCUCAGCAACCUCGAGACAACGGUUGGUAGAUUUUACACUAACCUUCCAAACCGAAUGAUUGAUGAAGCCAUGUUUAGUCUGCCGUUCUCCGACGAAAUGGGAGAUGGUUUAAUAAUGACUGUCAGCAAACCGUGCUACUUUGGAAACCUCCUGCUGGGAAUUGUAGGUGUAGACGUUAACUUGGCUUAUAUACUGGAAGACGUCACGUAUUAUCAGGACUCGCUGGCAUCCUACACAUUUCUGAUAGACAACAAAGGGUAUACGCUGAUGCAUCCAUUUCUGGCCCGGCCAUACUUGUUGACAGAACCUGCACUUCACACAGAUAUUAUACAUUAUGAAAAUAUUCCAAAGUUUGCUUUGGUCCGACAAAAUAUCUUAAGUUCUCUGUCAGAAAUGAAGUCAUGGCGACCAGUCACGUCACAGAUGAAUGGAUGAUCCAAAGGGAAAUGAGUAGCUUGAACAGUUACAUUGUCCGCCGUUACAUAGCAACGCCCAAUGGGGUGCUCAGAAUUUACCCUGGCUCACUCAUGGACAAAGCAUUUGAUCCCACUAGGAGACAAUGGUAUCUACAUGCUUUGGCCAAUCCCGGGUUAAUCACAUUUACUGGUCCCUACUUGGACAUUGGUGGCGCUGGUUAUGUGGUCACCAUAAGUCACACCAUUCAUUCUUCUAGCUCACACGUUUCCUCUGGGAAUACAGUGGCUGUGAUGAGUAUUGAUUUUACACUGCGGUACUUUUACAAAGUUCUGAUGGAGCUGCUGCCAGUUUGCAAUCAAGACAGAGGAAACAAAAUAAGGUGUUUUAUAAUGGAAGACCGAGGAUACCUUGUUGCGCAUCCAACUCUAAUUGAUCCAAAAGGUCACGCCCCUGUGGAGCAGCAGCAUAUUACCCAUAAGGAGCCUUUAGUUGCAAAUGAUAUUUUAAAUCAUCCCAACUUUGUGAAGAAGAAUCUCUGCAACAGUUUUAGUGACAGAACUGUCCAAAGAUUUUAUAAAUUUAAUACUAGUCUUGUGGGGGACCUUACUAAUCUUGUUCACGGCAGCCACUGUAUUAAAUAUCGCUUGACUAGAAUACCUGGAACUAACGCAUUUGUUGGCUUAGUCAAUGAAACCUGUGAUUCGCUGGCUUUCUGUGCCUGCAGCAUGGUAGAUAGACUCUGCCUCAACUGUCACAGAAUGGAACAAAAUGAGUGUGAAUGUCCUUGUGAGUGCGCUCUAGAGGUGAAUGAGUGCACUGGCAAUCUCACAAAUGCUGAAAACAGAAAUCCCAGCUGUGAAGUACAUCAGGAACCAAUGACAUUUACAGUGCUUGAUCCCAGCUUGCAAGAUGCUCUUUCUCAGUGUGUGAACAACGGGUGCUCCCAGAAGAUGGAAAGCAGCUAUUGCUUUGGUGUACUUGACUGUGAGUGGUGCAUGAUGGACAGCGAUGGGAAGACGCAUUUGGACAGACCAUACUGCGCUUUGCAGAAGGAGUGCUUUGGUGGAAUUGUCGGAGCAAAGAGCCCGUAUGCUGAUGAUAUGAACUCAAUAGGUGAUGAAGUGAUUACUUUAAACAUGAUCAAAAGUGCUCCUGUUGGCCCUGUAGCUGGAGGGAUAAUGGGCUGUAUUAUGGUUCUUGUGUUGGCCGUGUACGCAUAUCGUCACCAGAUACAUAGGCGCAGCCAUCAGCACAUGUCGCCGCUUGCAGCACAAGAAAUGUCAGUACGAAUGUCUAACUUGGAAAACGAUCGAGACGAGAGAGAUUAUGACAGCCAUGAGGAUCGUGGGAUCAUCAGCAAUACAAGGUUCAUAGCAGCUGUGAUUGAGCGGCACGCGCACAGCCCAGAGAGGAGACGGCGGUACUGGGGACGUUCUGGGACUGAGAGUGAUCACGGUUACAGUACAAUGAGCCCUCAAGAAGACAGUGAAAACCCCCCUUGCAAUAAUGACCCCUUAUCAGCCGGUGUUGAUGUCGGAAAUCACGACGAGGAUAUCGAACCUGACACCCCCCCUCAGACUGCUGCUCUGUUGAGUCACAAGUUUCACCAUCACUACAGAUUGCAUCACCCAACACUGCACCACAGUCACCACUUACAGGCAGCAGUAACAGUACAUUCUGUAGAUGCAGAAUGUUAAUGAACUCUGUCGCUGUGCUGCGAGAAUCCUCUAUUUUUCCAGAUAUAUGUGGAGUCGAUUUUGCAUUUCCCUAAGAAAACUGACUUAAGAAUAAAUGGAAACUGAGACUAUAACAGACUUCAUGGAACAAAAACUCAUAAGACACUGCAGAUUUUUUAAUUUUUUUUUUAAUGAGCUGGAAAGUUUAUAAAGAUGAAGAUAUUUGUUUAUAGAAACUUUACUCUCCAUGAGUACAACUGUUAAUAUUUUCCUAACAGCAUCUCAAUUUUUAAUGAAAUGAUUAUUUUUCUACUAUUUAUUGAAUUUUCAAGGACUUUAAGACAGUAGAAUCAUGAACUCUUAUACAAUAUUUCAUACAACACUGUGUGAUGUGCCCUUCUAUAGGAUGCAAUGAAGUAUCUCCCGACGUGUUUCAUGCACGGACUUUUGUACAUAUAUUUUAGCUUCUGCUUCAUUGGAGUAUUGUAAACGACAAGAGGAUGCAGAAUUGUCAUUUUAUUUUUCAUGAACAAACAUAAAUGCUUAACUCUUACUCUUAGAA